CUAAACACAGCGAAAGUUGAUUGCGGCGAGUUCGUUUCAAAAUUGUACAGAGAGGCUGUUUCGGUAAAUUCAUUGAGCCCCUUGGAAUCCGCAUCAAAGACCAUCGACAAAUCAUAAACCUUUUGCUCUCCCCUCCUUCUUCACAAAUUGCUUCACCCAACCAUCACACCCCUUCCCACCACAAAAAUGCUGACACCUUCUGUCUUGAAGGAAUUUGGUUGAUCGGGAUACUUGUUUCUUCUUGAUCGGGCACUUCAAAGAUCUUGUGAUAUAGAAUCACAAUUUUGUUGGGAGGCUUCGGGUGUAGCGGACGGAGUCACGAAAAGGGGUUCUCUGUCUUUGUUAAUCUGGUGUUUUGAAUCUUUUGAUUCACUGUAAUGCGCUAAGAAUUUCAUAAAACUGAUAAAAUGGAAGACAAUUGCUCUUCCGUAACGAGAUGGGAGGAUCUCGACAUAGACAUUUUGGUGAAGAUUUUCCAGUUGCUUGACAUCUUCCAGUUAACUUCUGGCAUUGCUCAUGUUUGUAGUGCAUGGCGUAUGGCUUGCUGUGAUCCCCUUCUUUGGAAAACUCUUGAUUUAUCGAUGCUAAAAUCCAAUUUCAUCAAGAUUCCAUUAGAGCCAUUUGUCUAUGUUGAUGGACGAUCGGAUACUACAUUGACCCGAUUGUUGAAGAUUUCUUUGAGUCUAAGCAGGGGGAGCAUAAUGACAUUGAUCCUUCAUUUCAACUUGUACAUAAGCGAUGAUCAGUUGACAUACACUGCUGAAAGGUGCCCUAAACUCAGACGACUUGUUUUGCCAGCGUGGAACAGAAUCAAGAAAACAGGAAUGAUCAAAGCCAUACGUGGCUGGAAAGAUCUGGAGUCCUUGACAAUGCCUACCAUAGCGAAUCCACCAUAUCUUCUCGAAGAAAUUGCAGUGAAUUGCGAGAACUUCAGUGAACUCAAGAUUAUGGGUCCCUGUGAUACUUUCUUCGCUAAAUCCAUUGCUGAUUAUCUUCCGAAGUUAAGAGUGUUGAGCCUUCGAUGUUCAACACUGUUAAAGGAUGUUCUCAUUCUGAUCCUAGAGAGCUUGCAACACCUGGAGGUGCUCAACAUAUCACAUUGCAUUCUGAUGGAAACCGUUCCACCUCAUCAACAUAAAAGGAUCGUUACAAAGAUUGAUCCCGUUAUCCUUGAGAGGGCUUCGCGAUUACGCGAAUUUCUCACAUGCAUGCAAGACUCAUGCAUCAUGUGCCAGAGAACAAGAACUGAUGAAGGGCUUGUGAGGUGGUACAAGUAUGAGGAAGGCCUGUGGAAAACAGAUGAGGUUGGGUCUCUCUCACUUUGAGGAAAUAGGAAAAUGGUAUAAUAGUGAAUUUUAGGUGUUGCUGCGUAUGUUACCUUUUAUCCUGUUCUUUGACUUGUUCUACCUUCAAAUAGUGUAUCCAAAUAAAGAUUGUUGGAUUAUAACAGUUGAAAUGUGUCGUAAUGCCCCUGAGAAGAAGGGAUGUUAAAUUUUGUAAGUGUACAUAGAAGUUAGUCAUGCUCUGCUUUUAAUGUAGUUCAUACUUCGUAUGUUGACUUACCUUCACAAUUUUUUUUUUAA